AUGACUUUAUCCUAUGGCUACUACAAGAGAAUCUUCCAUUGUGGCAGAUUUCAGAAUCAAAACCUAACUGGUUGCAAGGUGCUGCAACCUCAACUCCACUACACGCUAUUGAUCUUUCGGAUUCACAAGCAGUUGCCAUCAGCAGACGGGCAACACCACCACAUCCAGGUAUUUGCGGGUGAUUUGUACGAGAAGUCCAAACGUCAUGAACGCGUUCCAUCUCCUGCAUCCAAACACAAAGAUGAGAUUUUACCUAGUAGGUAUGAUGAAAUGUCGUCUAAAUACAGUGUGGAGUUCAUUGCUGGAGGUGCUACACAGAAUUCAAUCAGAGUUGCUCAGUGGAUGCUUCAAAUUCCCGGUGCAACCAGUUACAUAGGCUCCAUUGGAAAGGACAAAUAUGGCGAGGAAAUAAAGAAAAAUGCCAAACAAGCUGGUGUUAAUGUUCAUUACUACGAAGAUGAGUCUCCUACCGGUACUUGCGCUGUAUGUGUCGUGGGUGGCGGAAGAUCUCUUGUGGCCAAUUUGUCAGCAGCAAACUGCUACAAAUCUGAUCAUUUGAAGAAACCAGAAAAUUGGGCGUUGGUUGAAAAGGCCAAGUACUUCUACAUUGCUGGAUUUUUUCUCACAGUUUCCCCAGAGUCCAUCAUGCUUGUUGCUGAGCAUGCAGCCGCAAACAACAAGGUUUUCAUGAUGAACCUUUCUGCUCCAUUUAUCUGUGAGUUCUUCAAGGAUGUGCAAGAGAAAGCAUUACCGUAUAUGGACUUUGUUUUUGGAUAUGAAACGGAAGCACGAACUUUCUCGAAAGUACAUGGCUGGAAGACUGACAACAUUGAGGAAAUAGCUUUGAAAAUCUCUCAGUGGCCAAAGGCCUCUGGAACACACAAAAGAAUUACUGUUAUUACUCAGGGUGCAGAUCCAGUUGUUGUUGCAGAGGAUGGGAAGGUGAAGUUGUUCCCUGUAAUUCCAUUGCCAAAAGAGAAACUUGUUGAUCCAAAUGGGGAAGGGGAUGCUUUCGUUGGAGGAUUUCUGUCUCAGUUGGUUAAAGAGAAACCCAUUGAAGAUUGUGUAAAAGCAGGUUGUUAUGCAUCAAACGUCAUUAUCCAGAGGUCCGGCUGCACUUACCCCGAGAAGCCCAAUUUUAAAUGA